CAUUUUAUGAGUAGGCUCAAACUCUUGAAACACGUCAAGAAGAUGAGACGCGUAAGAAAACAGUGAAAUUAUCUGCAUACUAUAAAUACUUCAAAGCUGGUGCAAGCGUCCCAGUUCUCCUUUUUAUGAGCAUUGCAUUCUUUGCAACACAGGGGUCUUUUGAUUUUGCUGACAUAUGGCUUUCAAUUUGGGCAAAUGAAGAGGAAGAUAAAUAUGCUGCUUUAAUGACCCAAAACAAAUCGUUAACCGAAGCUUUCGUAAACACAACAGAAGUGACCAUACCGAACGUCAACACACAUUUUAAUCUAACAAUAUUGGUUAUAAUCGCAGUGGCUGUGAUCCUAUGUGGUCUUACACGUGCUUUACUGUUCUUAAAUGUGACAUUAAAUGCAUCACAAAAGCUUCAUAACUGGAUGUUUGACAGUAUUCUAGCUACAGGAAUUGAUUUUUUCCAGAAAGACUCUAUCACAGGACAAAUUCAGAACAGAUUUUCAAGAGAUGUAAGACAACUUGACUCAACUUUACCUAAAACGCUAUACGAAUUUCUACAGUGUGCGCUAAUUGUGAUUGGUAUUGCUCUUGUUGCUGGUUUUACAGUUCCUUGGGUUUUAAUUAUUCUUGUCAUACUAACUGUUUUGUUUGUAAGAUGCAGACGGUAUUACGUCAAAACGUCCUGCCAAAUACAUCGACUUAUAAAGACAACUUUAAGCCCCGUAAAAGGUCAUGCUACUUCUUCACAAGAUGGAGUCUACACAAUUCGGGCAUGUAAAGCAGAAGGAAACAUGAUUGAUCUGUAUGAUAGAUUCCAAGAUGAACAUACCAAGGCCACGUCGCUUUCCCUGACAUCUGAACGCUGGUUUGCAAUAAGACUAGACCUUCUUUGCGCCAUCUUUGUAGUUGCAGUAUCAUUAUUUUGUGUUGCACAGAGUGAUGGACUGAAUGCUGGUUUAGUUGGUCUUUCUGUUACAUAUGCUAUGUCUUUAAUGGCUUUAUUUCAAUGGUGUGUGCGACAGAGCGCAAAUGUCGCUAACCAGAUGGUUUCGGUUGAAAGCGUUUUAGAAUACAUUAAACUUACGCCUGAAUGUACCACUGGUAAACCUCUUCCUCCUGAAUGGCCAAAGAAUGGUGUUAUAUCAUUUGUAUGGGCAAGUCUCAAAUAUCCCGGAACUGAACAGCUCGCUCUGAAAGACUUAAAUUUCACCAUCACAGAUAAGGAAAAGGUAGGAAUUGUUGGCAGAACCGGAGCCGGCAAAAGCUCAUUGAUCACGAUGUUAUUCCGAUUAGUAGAAUCAAAAGGCAAGAUUUUGAUAGACGGUGAGGACAUUAACGAAAUAGAACUUCAUACAUUGAGACAGCAGAUUGCCAUUGUCCCACAGGAUCCUGUUCUGUUCACGAGAUCGUUGAGGGGAAAUAUAGAUCCAUUUAAUCAUUAUCAAGAUGAAGAUAUUUGGAAUGCACUUAACGAGGUGCAGCUGAAAGAAGAGAUUGAACGGUUAGGUGAAGGUCUGAACGUUAAAGUUGCUGAAGGUGGUAGUAAUUUUAGUGUUGGACAACACCAGCUCAUUUGCCUAGCACGAGUUCUUUUGCUAAAUAGGAAAAUAGUCAUUAUUGAUGAAGCGACAGCAAAUGUUGAUAACCAGACGGACGCUAAAAUUCAAGGUGUAAUUAAACAGAAAUUUAAAAACUGUACAGUUCUUACUAUUGCUCAUAGAUUGCAAACAGUUAUGGAUUCUCACAGAAUUCUGGUUCUUGACAAAGGAAAUGCUACGUUUGGUGUCCCUCACCUGCUUCUCCAGGACAAAGAUUGUAGUUUACUGAAGAUGGUUGAGGAGACUGGAGAAAUGAUGGCAUCGAGUCUUAAGAAAAUUGCCAAGGAAGCAUAUGAGAGUCAAUACGAACGUCUGCCUAUAUCAGAUGAUUUUGAUAAUGUAAAUGCAGAAAAUGUCUUGUAUAAACGUACACAUCAGGAAAGGAACGUAACUGAAGACAAUGAGGAGGAAGCCAACGAAAAGACAAAACUUUUGCAAUAAAAAAUGUUCAAGAUGCUACUGACUAAAAGGACGAAUUGGAGUGUUUUACAAAUACAUGUUUGUUUCAAAUAUUAAAGACUUAGUUUAGAUUAGCAAAUAUAUUUACAAGAUAAUUUUUUUGACAUUUUAUUGUUGACAUGUUUGUAUGUUAUCAAAGGUUUUUUUAAUUAAUUUAUUGCUGAUUAUGGCAUGUUAUAUAAGGCAAAUGUACUAAAACAGUUUUAAUGUGUCAUGUACGUAAUAACAAGCAAGUUAAAUUUAUUUUUGCUGUUUCUAAAAGAUUAAGACAACAGACAAAAUAUUGCAGUAUUCCUUGUAUUUAAUAGUUGUAUUCGUCGUUUAUAUACUUCAACAUAAUGAACAAAAUCAUAUAAACUUUUUGAAGGAAAAAUAUAAUUGUUUAACAAUGGCAAUUUCCUGCUUUGAUAUAAAACAACUCAUACGUUUGCAUUUUUCAGACUUUUUGAUAGUUAUUUACAUAUUUAUAACUUGAUAUCAUAAAAGUUUUAGCAUUGUCUAUUUACAUGAAUCAAAAUGUCUAUUUACAUGGAAAUAAUAAACAUUCAAAAGGCAUUAACUCAACACUUGGGCACAUUUAAAUUGUUGGUAACCUCAAAAUCAGUUUUAUUUUAGUUUAACUUCAAUAAUUGUAGGUAAUGCAGUUUUUAUUCAUUAUUUCAUCAUUAAAUGAUAUUUUAUUUACGAUUCAAGCCGUCUUUAUUGCGAACUUAAGAACAUUUCAGGGACUUUAAUGUUAUUACGUCUGACAUGACAAUGUUUUUAAUGUAUGCAAUGUAUUUAUGUAACCAGGAAUCACUGAAAGACGGCAACAUUAUCUUUUCACUGGUCAGUUUAUUAUUUUAUUGACGACAAACGACGUUGUGUUAUACAUUAAUUUUAUCACAUAAACCGCGGCGCAAGAGUGUAAUAAAGCCAUUUAAUAAAAACGAUAUAACACUAGACGAUAUUACACUAGUGUAAUAACACUUUGACGUCACAUCAUUUGCACUAUAAACAUAGCGUUAAAGCGCUCUAAUGUUAGCGUUACAAUAUAAGCGCGUCAAAGAAAAAUGACUUUUGAUAACAGUUUACCGUUCUUAUUUUAUAUAUGUGAUAAAUAGAAUAUUAUAUUCGUGUAGAUUCAAUACUAAAUUUAUUGAACUCGUUGAAUAAAACAAUAUUAUGCUGGCCAGAGGCUCGCAUAAUAUGAUUUUAUUCAACUCGUUCAAUAAAUUUAGUAUUAAACCUACACUCAUUCAAUAUCCUCUAUUUACUUGCAAUUUAAGGAAAGUCCCAACUAAUAUGAACAUAUCAACUAUCUGCCUCAAUGGAUUAAAGUCACGAGGUAAAAAACAUAUAUAGAAAUAGACUGACUGAAGUAGUUGACAAAUAAAGAAAAAAUAAUUUUUUUUAGAGUUGUCUCUACAUAGAAUAUACAUGAUUAUGGUUUAGUUGGAAUUUUGAUAGAACUUAAUAUUAAAACAUCAAAAUUUCAAUAUUUGAUUUGGUUAAAACGCUUUAUAUUUUACCAUGUUACUGUUAGUACAUUUUCAUUGUGAUUUGUUAUUAUUUUGUUGAAUUAACUAUUUUUAUGCUCAAAUAUUUGCUUGUUGUUACUGAAAUAUUUGAUAUAAUUCUAACGUCUUAUUGCAGGACUUUUUUCUACUUAUAAUUAUUCGGACUUAUGUACUUGUUUAUCUUAGAGAGUGUGAAAAUAAAAGUUUUAACUUAGGUUUUUUUUAGGUUAUUGGUUGUUAUGAAUUUAAUUUACUUUUGAAUGAUACGACAAUAAUUAUGAUUUAUAAAUAUAUCUAGAUUUAUAACUUGAUAUCAUAAAGUUUUGAGCAUUGUCUAUUUACUUGAAAAUGUAUAUUUACAUGGAAUCAACUAACUUUCAAAAGGCAUUAACUCAACACUUGGGCACAUGGAAAUUGUUGGUAACCUCAAAAUCAGUUUUUUUAGUGUUAAGUACAAUACUUGUAGGUAAUGCAUUUUUUUCUGUAAUUUUAUCAUUAAAUGAUAUUUUAUUUAGACUACAUUUAAACGAUUCAAGCUGUCUAUAUUGCGAAUUUAAGAACAUUUCAGGGACAAAUUUAAUGUAAUUACGUCUGACAUGACAAUGUUUUUAAUGUAUGCAAUGUAUUUAUGUAACCAGGAAUCACUAAAAGACGGCAACAUUAUCUUUUGACCGGUCAGUUUAUUAUAACAUUGACAACAAACGACGCUGUGUUAUAAAAUUAAUUUCACUUGCAAUUUUUAGAGAAGUCCCAAAUUAUAUGAACAGAUCAAAUAUCUGCCUUAAUAGAUUAAAGUCAAGAGGAAAAACAUACAAUCAUAUAGAAAUAAACUGACUGAAGUAGUUGACAAAAAAAGAAAGAAAUUAAUUUGAGACUUAAUUUGCUUUUCAAAGAACUGAAUUGUCUCUACAUAGAAUAUACAUUA